AUGAUCAAGUCUUUGACCGCGCAAGAGCUGCGCCACCACUGGGUAACCCGCCAGGAGAUUGCACUGCUCGACGUUCGGGAAGAAGGUCCAUAUUCUGACGCCCAUCCGUUAUUCGCAUUGAGUGUACCGGUGUCCGAGAUCGAGGAAAAGUUGCCGCCAUUGGUGCCUCGGUUAUCCGCUCCUAUUGUUGUUUACGAUGAUGGAGAGGGUUAUGUUGAAUGGGCAGCAGCUCGCAUAUCAGCCUUGGGGUAUCAUGAUGUUGCCAUCUUAGAUGGAGGGCUCUCGGCCUAUGCUCGCGUAGGUGAAGUUUACCGCGAUGUCAACGUGCCAUCUAAAGCAUUUGGCGAACUUGUGGAAGCUAUCGCAGGGACUCCAUCUCUGCCCGCUCGUGACGUGAAAGAGGUCCUAGAAAGAGACAAGGACGUUGUGGUAUUGGACGCCAGGCGCUUUCAGGAGUACAACACAAUGAGCAUACCCCAUGGUCGCAGCUGUCCCGGAGGUGAACUUCUCUAUCGCUUUUUCGAAGCCGUUCCUUCUCCCGAUACGACUGUGAUUGUCAAUUGUGCUGGUCGCACGCGCUCGAUUGUUGGUGCUCAGUCCUUGGUCAACUCUGGAAUCCCAAAUAAAGUUAUGGCCCUCAGAAACGGUACCAUUGGAUGGACGCUUGAGGGUUUGGAACUUGAACACAGCAAGAUGGAAAGAGUUCCACAGCCAUCACACGAGGCAUCGCGUAAAGCAAGGGAAUACGCCGCAGCAUGGGCACAACACAUUGGUGUGCGAAUUAUAAAUGGGGACCAGCUCAGUCAGUUGGCGGCAACAGCAAAGACCCGAACUCUAUACAUGCUUGAUGUCAGAGAUCCAGAGGAAUAUGCUCUGGGCCACCCGACUGGUUUCUCAUCUGCUCCCGGUGGUCAACUGGUUCAGGCUACAGAUGAAUGGGUUGGUGUAAGGGGCGCUCGCAUUGUUUUAUACGACACAGAUGGGGUGAGAGCCCGAAUGGCGGGUAGCUGGCUUGUGCAGCUAGGCUGGGAGGUCUACGUUCUAGACGAGCAGUCUAAAGUGCCUGACAGCGUCCUUAUCCCCGAAAGCCCCUCCUGGAAGGCCCAGAAUUCUGGUGGUGUAACAGUUGGCGACUUGGCAGCACUCACUGAGGCUACCAUUGUCGAUCUCGCUCGCAGUCCAAUCUAUCGCAAAGGUCAUAUUCCGGGCGCGUGGUUUACUUCAGGACCCGAACUGGUCCGUGAUCUGAAUACUGUCAGCGGAACAGGGCCUAUUGUGCUGACCUCGCCGGACGGUAGCGUUGCUGCCAUGAAUGUUGAGUAUGCACGAAAGGGCGUAUCGCGCGAUGUAUUAUACCUCGCUGGGGGCACAGCGGCUUGGUUAGCGGCGAAUCGCCCAAUGGAGACGGAGACGCGCUGGCUUUCUCAGCCAAUUGACAUCUACAAACGCCCUUAUGAGGGAACUAGCAAUGCACGAAAGGAUAUGCAAGGGUAUAUUGACUGGGAGCACGGGCUUGUUGCACAGCUUGCGAAUGAUGGAGUCGCCUGCUUUCAUGUUGUACGGGACAAUCGUGUGAAGGCAAAGGAGCUUUGA